AUUUCAACAACACCCACCCACAGACAGACAAGGCAAAAAGUGCAACGCAGAGAGAUUCUGGAAAGCCUUCUUCGAUCUUCUGUGUUUUAGGGUUUUAUUGGAACUCAAAGCUAAAGCUGCUGAGGAGGAGAAAGGGUAUCUGUUUCUGCUCUCCCUGUUUACUGCAGGCCAGCUUCCCACAGUUAAAGUAGGUUAAAAGCUUAGGUUUCAGCUGAUGGUCUGAGAAUUUUAGAAUUUGUUCUGGGCUUCGGUUUUGAAUUAUUGACGAAGAGGAUGGGUUACAUAUGUGAAUUCUGCGGGGAGCAGCGAUCUAUUGUAUAUUGUCGGUCUGAUGCAGCCAGCUUGUGUUUAUCCUGUGACCGGAAUGUGCAUUCUGCAAAUGCCCUUUCGAGGCGUCAUUCCAGGACACUUGUAUGUGAAAGAUGCAAUUCACAACCCGCUGUUGUUAGAUGUACUGAGGAAAGGAUAUCUCUUUGCCAGAAUUGUGACUGGAUGGGGCAUUCUAAUUCCGGUACAGGUUCUACCCAUAAGAGGCAAGCCGUCAGUUGUUAUUCGGGCUGUCCUUCAGCUGCAGAACUUUCUAGUAUAUGGUCGUUUCUCUUAGAUUUCCCUUCGGUUGGCGAUUCCACUUGUGAGCAGGGAAUGGGUUCAAUGAGCAUCACUGAUAACCAUCGAAGAGAUAAAGGGACAGAAGGAAAGAACAGCUCUCGAGAUUUGUCGACCAUAGCUGAAGGAAGCGAUGAACCUACUGAAAAUCUGAGCACCAAUUGGAUGGGGUCAUCUAUGGAAACUCUUGACAAGAGGCUAGAUAAUAUAGAACUGCCAACUGUAUCCACCCAUCCCACCUCACCAAAGGUUUGCUAUCCUGGAACCGAAGACCCAAGUAUAUACGAGGAUAAUGCUUUCUAUGGGGAUUUCAAUAUGGAUGAAGUUGAUCUUAGUAUUGAAAAUUACGAAGAACUAUUUGGUAUGUCUCUUAAUGAUCCAGAGCAUCUUUUUGAGAAUCAAGGGAUUGAUGGCCUGUUUGAGACGGAGGACAUGUCUGGUGCAAAUUCAGGCUGCAAGGGUGCAAAUGCCAUCGAGGGGUCAUCAAUUGGACGGGUAAAUGCAAAUCAACCAGCAUGCAGCAAUGCUGCAUCCGCAGAUUCUGUGAUGAGCUGCAAGACCGAACCUAACCCGUGCUUUGCAAGACAAGGGCAGUCCAACAUCUCAUUCUCGAACAUCACUGGAGAGAGCAGUGGUGGAGAUUAUCAGGACUGCGGAGCUUCCUCAAUGUUCCUCAUGGGAGAGCCACCGUGGGGUCCCUCGGGUCCUGAAAAUUCAUUGCCUUCAAGUAGCAGGACUGAUGCUGUGUUGCGCUACAGAGAAAAGAAGAAGACACGCAAAUUUGAUAAGCGAGUGAGGUAUGCUUCCCGUAAGGCCCGAGCUGAUGUUAGGAGGCGUGUGAAGGGACGGUUUGUGAAGCCCGGGGAUGCUUAUGAUUAUGACCCACUAAACCAAACAAGAAGCAUCUAAGAGUGUAACUUUCGGUACACAACUAAGGAAAUAAAUCAUAUAUCACGUUGCAAUGACAAAUUGUAUGGGUUCUAUCUCAGGACUCCCGGGAUCGCACUACAUCCAAUUCAGAAAACCGGGAAUGCACACAAAGUCGAAUACCCCUGCAGCACAAGAAGGAUGCGUGCAUCAUGUCAACUUCUUAGUACAAAUACUACAUACUCUCUUUUGCUUACAACUACUACCCUAGUUUAUUUCUGAAGGAUGGAAAAUCUGUACGUGUUACUCGAAGCACAUUCAUCCUGUUUUUUUGAGUGCGAUCACGUUUUAAGCUAGCUUUCGGGUUGUAUCUAUGGCUAUGCUGAGAACUCAUCACCAUCUGCCUUCGUAUAAUGGUACAGUGAGAUGUGCAUUCAUUGAAGUGUAAUGUUGGUCUGCCAUGUAUAUUCUUGCCUCCUCUAUACAGUAUGUAGGGUGGAGUUGGAGGAUAGACUUUGUUCCCAGGCGAAUUGAAGAAAAAAGCUUUUUGGUUUCAGAGUUUUUUUUUUGGUCUGUGUAUUUUUCAGGAUGGCAUGUGUGUAUUCUUAAGUCAUCUGGUAUUUAAUAGGGGUGAAACUCACUCUCACUUUACAAUAAUGCUCUCUUAUUCUCCAAACCUUUAAUUUAUACUGUACUUACACUCAUCAUAUAUAUAUUCUUCAUCCAAAUAAUACUGCUACUAUUCUUCAUCA